AUGUCUUCUCGUCCAGAACUUAAGGUUGACGACGAAGUCGGCUUCAUUCGUUUUUACCGUUCCCUCGCAGCAGACAGCAACGAUGAAACUAUCCGCGUUUUCGACCAGGCAGAGUUCAUCGCUCGCACCGUAUACAAGACUACCUCUAUACUCCGCAACCUAGGUCGCAGCGACUCCGGAGGCCUUCCUUCCGUCACCAUGAGCGUGACCGUCUUCCGCAAUUUUCUCCGCGAAGCUCUCUUCCGACUCAACAAACGCAUUGAAAUCUGGGGCUCUGUCGGCACGGGCAAGGGCCAUUGGAAGCUGGUAAAACAAGCUAGCCCAGGAAACCUCCAAGACGUGGAAGAAGAGCUGGGCAGUGUUGCGGUGAAGAUCUCGGCCAAGGCCGCGGAGGCUAGGAGUGUGGGAGUAUGCUUCGCGGAUGCGAGUGUGCGGGAACUCGGUGUUAGCGAGUUUAUGGAUAACGAUAUCUAUUCCAACUUUGAGUCGCUUAUUAUCCAGCUCGGGGUCAAGGAGUGCCUGGUGCAGAUGGAUGCUAACAAGAAAGACGUUGAGCUGGGGAAGAUCCGGGCUAUUGCUGACAGUUGCGGGAUCGCUAUCUCUGAGAGGCCGGUGGCUGAUUUUGGUGUUAAGGAUAUUGAGCAGGAUCUGACGAGGCUGUUGAGGGAUGAGCGGUCAGCAGGUACGCUGCCGCAGACAGAGUUGAAGCUUGCUAUGGGUUCGGCAUCUGCGUUGAUCAAGUACCUUGGGUACCAACUUUAUCAGCAUGAUUUGUCUCAGUUUAUGAAGUUGGAUUCGUCGGCGUUGCGUGCUCUUAACCUUAUGCCUGGUCCGCGGGACGGAUCGAAGUCUAUGAGUUUGUUUGGCUUCCGCUUGCUUGCGCAGUGGCUGAAGCAGCCGUUGAUGGAUCUGGCGGAGAUUGAGAAGAGACAGCAGCUUGUUGAGGCUUUUGUUGUCAACACGGAGCUGAGACAAACUAUGCAGGAGGAGCACCUUCGCUCUAUACCGGAUCUGUACAGACUGGCGAAGCGGUUCCAGCGCAAAAAGGCAAACCUGGAAGAUGUUGUGCGGGUGUAUCAGGUUGCCAUUCGUUUGCCUGGCUUUGUCAACUCUCUCGAGAAUGUGAUGGAUGAAGAGUAUCAGACGCCUCUGGAGACGGAGUAUACUUCCAACCUCCGGAGCCACUCCGAUAGCUUAGCGAAACUGGAGGAGAUGGUUGAGACUACGGUUGAUCUUGAUGCGCUGGAGAACCACGAGUUCAUCAUCAAGCCUGAAUUUGACGAGAGCCUGCGGAUCAUCAGGAAAAAGCUGGACAAGCUCCGUCAUGAUAUGGGCGUCGAGCACCGUAGGGUAGCUCGGGACCUUGACCAAGAUAUGGAGAAGAAGUUGUUCCUCGAGAACCACAGGGUGCACGGAUGGUGCUUCCGACUUACUCGCAACGAGUCGGGCUGUAUCCGCAACAAGAGAGAGUACCAGGAAUGCUCUACACAGAAGAACGGCGUCUAUUUCACUACGUCGACUAUGCAAACACUUCGCCGCGAGCAUGAUCAACUGUCCUCAAACUACAAUAGAACUCAGACCGGCCUGGUGAAUGAGGUCGUCAACGUCGCUGCGUCCUACUGCCCUGUCCUGGAGCGACUUGCUGGUGUCCUAGCACACCUCGAUGUCAUUGUCAGCUUCGCUCAUGCUUCUGUUCAUGCGCCGACCCCCUAUGCUCGGCCCAAGAUGCACCCACGAGGCACCGGAAAUACAGUUCUCAAGGAAGCGCGGCACCCUUGUAUGGAAAUGCAGGAUGACAUCUCAUUCAUCACUAAUGAUGUGGCUUUGGUCCGAGACGAGUCCUCCUUCCUGAUCAUUACUGGACCCAACAUGGGAGGUAAAUCGACCUAUAUUCGCCAAAUCGGUGUUAUCGCUCUCAUGGCUCAGACGGGUUGCUUUGUGCCUUGCACGGAAGCAGAAUUGACCAUCUUUGACUGCAUCCUUGCGCGUGUCGGUGCCAGUGAUUCGCAGUUAAAGGGAGUGUCCACUUUCAUGGCUGAGAUGCUUGAAACAUCCAAUAUUCUCAAAUCGGCAACGUCCGAGUCUCUUAUCAUCAUCGACGAGCUUGGGCGCGGUACAAGCACAUAUGAUGGAUUCGGCCUAGCAUGGGCCAUCUCUGAACACAUCGUCACAGAGAUUCGCUGCUUCGGCCUUUUCGCUACUCAUUUCCAUGAACUGACGGCUCUCGCCGAUCGAUACCCCAAGUCUGUCAAGAACUUGCACGUAGUCGCCUUCAUCGGCGAUGGUACCGAUGAUGACAGUGAAGAUAAGAAAUCCAAGCGGAACCAGGUCACUCUCCUGUAUCGUGUCGAGCCUGGCAUUUGUGACCAGUCAUUCGGUAUCCAUGUUGCCGAAUUGGUCCGCUUCCCAGAAAAGGUGGUCAACAUGGCCCGUCAGAAGGCAGAGGAACUUGAAGACUUUACUUCCUCAGAACAGCAAGGCCAGCAGUCAUCCAUGGCGAUCGAUGGGUACUCGCAGGAAGAAGUUGAGGAGGGCAGUGCCCUUCUCAAAGCGAUGUUGUUGAAAUGGAAGGCAGAGACUGAGUCCUCUGGUAAGGAGUUGACGGUGGAAGAGAAGCGACAGAUCAUGCGUGAUCUCGUAAAAGCAGAUGAAAAGCUGCAAGCAAACAAGGAUGACAACAUGCUCAUGAGCGAUGGAUUGCUGCGGGUAUUUUGGCCAUACGACCUCCCUCGGUCGUCGUCACAGGGCGUAAUUGUUGGGUGGAAGAAUUCGGAGCUCGACUUGUUCGUGCUGACGGUCUUGGAAGAUGUGGAGCCUCGGAAUGUCGACAAUGCCCUGCGUGCCGGAAUCCUUUUUCGCAACAGCCCCCAUCCGAUUGUGAGGAUAUUUACGCUCUGUGGCAGAUCUGCUAUGCAUGUGCUGGGGACGACCAAUCCACGAGAGCCACCGACAGCGUUUAACCCGUCGCACCUCUAUGUGAAUACGCAUCCAUCGUAUAAGAUUCCUCGGAUAUAUUGUCCGCCGGAGACGAGUGUGUCUAUUCAGGUUAUCAUGUUUCAUCGACCCCAUCCUACCCGAAUGGAGUAUAUGUCGCUAGAGCCGAUUUCCCUUGCUCUUGGCGACAAGGUUAUUACUGCGGACAAAUCCGAUUCGGUAUCCGACAAGAUCGAUACAGAGGAGGAACGGAAUAAGGCUCAGUCUCAGAAGUUGGUUGAAAAACUUAAGCUUCAUACGGUCGUUAAGCAUGUCCCGUCGCACAAAGAGCAGGCACUACCCCUCAUAAUCAACCAAGUGAAUUGCGCCUACGAGAUGGGAAAGCUCAUGGAAAAGAAUAGUCACUUGAUUGGGAUUCGUGUCAAGAGGAGUAUGAGCGUUGGUGAGCGAGUUGUCGAAUCUGCAACGACCCUGUGGGAUCUUUUUGUCCUUGGUGUUUCCUAUGUGUUCUGGCAAUGGGUUUGGCCUGUCAUCACUCGGGUCUUCGUCAUCGGUCUUGUGUUCCAUCGGACAAUUGCGGAGAUCGUUCUCCAGGUUCUAGAGUGGCGCGCUCGGCCAGAUGCAGCAGCUUUGAAGGAUAUAUCAGCAACGGCCCAGCAAGUUGAUAUUCGGCUCCAACAGUUCUGCUAUUGGCCCAUUCAAUACGUCAAGCUGCGACAGAGGAAGGAUAAUUGGGAGAGUGUGACUACCAGCCAUCCUGACUAUAUCCGGUUCUACAACAGUCUAUGGCUUGUUGCGAACGACGUGAUUAUCGGAAUAGCGUUGGGUUCCUAUAUCAUUGAUAAUGCGAAUUGGGUGGCUUUGCAAAUCAACUCUAUUCUUACUGGCUGGACUGUGGAAGGAUUACAACGUACCAUCUCUUGGCUGAUGGACUGGCCAGCAGGUUUGAAGUUGAAUAACGAGCUCGCCGCUUUUCUGGGCGAUCUGUUCCUGUGGGUAAUAGAGAAUUGGGCUGCUUUCAUUGCAAACCUACAGCCUUACCUUCCUCACGUUAUAUAUGUUGUUGGGUGUUCUAGCUUUGCGGGUGCCAGCAUGCCCAUUGCCCUCUUCUCAGAUCUCGUGUCUAUACUGACUGUGCACAUUUACUCAUUUUAUAUCGCCUCGGCACGCAUCUUCAACUGGCAGCUGACUAUCAUCAUAUCCCUAUUCCACCUGUUCCGUGGUAAGAAGCGGAAUGUGCUGCGCAACCGUAUAGAUUCGUGCGAUUACGAUCUAGAUCAACUCCUGAUCGGGACAAUCCUGUUCACGGUGCUCUUCUUUCUCCUUCCAACCAUCAUCGUUUUCUACCUGGCUUUUGCAACCGCUAGGAUGUCAAUCAUCUCAGUGAAAGCGGCACUUGAUACAUGUCUGGCAUUCUUGAACCACUUUCCACUCUUCGCCUUAAUGUUGAGGGUCAAAGAUUCUCGGCGACUGCCAGGCGGCAUUCACUUUGAGCUCCGCGAAGAGCACGGCAAGUCAUCAAACUCCGACUCGGCUUCCAAAGUACCUUACAUCCAUCUCGAGUCAAUACCCCUAACUCUUCGUGCCAUGUUCGACCAAUACUUCCAACUAGGUCAUCGGCUCCGAGCACACUAUCUUUCGCCGCGCGUGAUCUUCUGCCUGGUAACAGGCCGCUUCGUGCCCCCAAUCCACCGCCGCAAUCUCUACAGUAUGCAAUAUAGUAUGCUUCCUGCUCGUCGGGCCGGAAUGGCCGAGGUAUGGUCCUUGUUGACCCAGCCUCGUAAAGCCAAUAGUGGUAGUGGCGGUUCCUCUACUAUGGUCGGGGGGAUGGGUGCAACGGGGAAUGGGUUGCUCAAGGUUCCGGGUGGGUUCGGUCAGGGUGAUAUGAGGAGACGAGGACAUCGGUGA